UGGGGAGGUGCGUGAGGGGGCGGGGCUUGCUCUUCCACUUCACGCGCCUUGGCUGUCAUGGCGGCCACCAUAGGGUCCCGUUCGUCUUGCAGGCGACUCGCGGGGACAGUCCUGAGGACCCCAUCCCGGGCCCUGUGGGGCCUGAUGAGAAAGAAUAAAGAAGAAGUAAAGGUUCCUGAGGAGACAGUAGAGAUUAAAGAAGAGCCUAUUCUGGAAUGUCCACCACCACGCAGUCGAAAGUACAUUCCUCCUGAGGAUCUCCAGAGUCGUGUAGAAUCUCAUGUCAGAGGAGUUUUUAAUACACAUGUUAAUAAUGACUGGCAAGAAACCAGCCUGGAAAAGAAUCAGCUGAAGUUUAUGCUUUUGGCACAGCUGGCCGAAGAAUUUGGCCAUGCUGUACCCAACUCUAGGCUUCAUAAAAUGCGCAUUGUCAAGGAUGUUGUUCAUUUCUAUAGCAUACCCGUGCAGGAUGGAACUAAAUUUGAUGAGAUUAGCUCCAGACAGCUGCCUUCUAAUUUGAAAAUCACCUGGGAUUACUGAGGCAAAUUGAUCUUGAAUUUUAUUUUUGUCCUAAAGGAGAGAGAUUUUUCAUCAACUUUUAAAAAACUUACCAUUACGUAGAAUUGUUCUGCUAGAACUUUUGUUCCCAGGAAGACUAUAUUUUUGAUUCACCAGUGACCUCGUGUGUUAAGAAAAGGGAAAGACAGGGAUUUGUGUUUUCUUUUCUGCUAGAGUUUUUUCUCCUGUUGAUCCAAAUGAGACAAUUUAUGCUCUCACCAGAGUAUGUUUCUAUAAUAAAUAUUUGUUGAAUUGAACUAA